UCGUGGUCAUCUUCCUCCUCUCUCUCUCUCGUGAAUCUUUUUUUUCUCCGCUUCCAAAAAUAAAAAAAAAGUUUGAUUCUCUCUUUGCAGGAAAGAGACAGACUCACGAUAAACCGAUUAAUCAGCAAUUUUUCUAAUUUUCAACAAUCUUUUCAGAAAAAUUAAAACUUUUUUCUUUUGUGGGCUUUCCCAUUAGAUUCUGAUUCUCUCUCGACUGCAAAAUCAUUUUGACCGUUUUCCUCUGCAUGCUCUUCGCUUUUCUCUGUCUCGCCUCCUCCUUCCUUCCUCUUUUCGCUUUCUAGAACCUAACCGCCUUUUGAAAAAUGGCGAUUUUGGAUUCUGGAAGUGUCACGAUGGCGACGGAGAACGGUGUUGCGGAUCUCGAUAGGCUUCGUCGUCGUAAAUCGAGAUCGGAUUCCUCCAACGGACUUGAUACUUCCCCGUCAGACGAUGCUGGAGCUCCGUCCGACGUGAGAGAUCGGAUUAAUUCCGCUGCCGCCGAGGACGCUCAGGGAACAGCGAAUUUAGCUGGAGGUAACGGCGGAGAUACCGAAAAUAGGGAAUCCGGAAACGCAGAUGGGAGGUUCACGUAUCGGCCUUCGGUGCCAGCUCAUCGGAGGACGAGGGAGAGUCCACUCAGCUCUGACGCUAUCUUCAAACAAAGCCAUGCAGGAUUGUUCAACCUCUGUGUAGUUGUUCUUGUUGCUGUUAACAGUCGACUCAUCAUCGAAAACCUCAUGAAGUACGGUUGGUUGAUCAGAACUGAUUUCUGGUUUAGCUCUACAUCCCUCCGAGACUGGCCGCUUUUCAUGUGUUGUCUUUCACUUUCAAUCUUUCCUUUGGCUGCCUUCACCGUCGAGAAAUUGGUUCUUCAGAAACUCAUAUCUGAACCUGUUGCCAUCAUUCUUCAUGUUGUUAUAACCUUGACCGAGGUCUUGUAUCCAGUCUACGUCACCCUAAGGUGUGAUUCCGCUUUCUUAUCAGGUGUCACGUUGAUGCUCCUCACUUGCAUUGUGUGGCUGAAGUUGGUUUCUUAUGCUCAUACUAGCUAUGACAUAAGAACCCUUGCUAAUUCAGCUGAUACGGUCGAUCCGGAAGUCUCCUACUAUGUCAGUUUGAAGAGCUUGGCGUAUUUCAUGGUUGCUCCUACAUUGUGUUAUCAGCCAAGUUAUCCACGUUCUCCAUGUAUACGAAAGGGUUGGGUGGCUCGUCAAUUUGCAAAACUUGUCAUAUUCACUGGACUCAUGGGAUUUAUAAUAGAACAAUAUAUAAAUCCUAUUGUAAGGAACUCAAAGCAUCCUUUGCAAGGGGAUCUUCUAUAUGCUAUUGAAAGAGUGUUGAAGCUUUCAGUCCCAAAUCUAUACGUGUGGCUCUGCAUGUUCUACUGCUUCUUCCACCUUUGGUUAAACAUAUUGGCAGAGCUACUCUGCUUUGGGGACCGUGAGUUCUACAAAGAUUGGUGGAAUGCAAAAAGCGUAGGAGAUUAUUGGAGAAUGUGGAAUAUGCCGGUUCAUAAAUGGAUGGUUCGACAUGUUUACUUUCCGUGCCUGCGCAUAAAGAUACCAAAAGUACCCGCCAUUAUCAUUGCUUUCUUAGUCUCUGCAGUCUUCCAUGAGCUGUGCAUCGCUGUUCCUUGCCGUCUCUUUAAUCUAUGGGCUUUCAUAGGAAUUAUGUUUCAGGUGCCUUUGGUCUUUGUCACAAACUAUUUACAAGAAAGGUUUGGCUCCAUGGUGGGAAACAUGAUCUUCUGGUUCAGCUUCUGCAUUUUCGGACAACCGAUGUGUGUGCUUCUUUAUUACCAUGACCUGAUGAACCGCAAAGGAUCCAUGUCCUAAAGAAAAUCCUUUGAGGACUUUUUUACGCCACAGAAAAAAUGGUCAAUUGGAAAGAUGGAGUUUUGUAUCCUUUUGGAGCGUUAAAAAUGACUUCAGAGAGACGAAUCCUUUUGAGUUCUUGUUUCUCUUUGUCUCUGUCACUCACUGGAUCUUCGAUUUCUCCUCUUUUAACAAGCCCAUGAAGAAAAGUAGACUGAGAUAUUGGACUCUGUUAUGCUGUAAAGAAAAUUUCAUUCGUAUAUGUUUAUAACAAUCUUUGACGGUUACCCAAAAUACCGAGAAAAAAUAAUAAUAAGCCUUUGAAUGUAAAUGCAUUUUAUUCAUGAUGAUUCAACA